UCACAAAGUACCAAGUCUAGGUAGUUAUGUGAGAAAGCCGGGCAACGGCGCCUGCUCGACCUCCGCGAGGCACAACCGUCGCCCCCUCUCGGAUUCGAAAGCGAUUCACUUCAAAUCCCAAAAGACAGCGUCACAAGAAGCAAUUAUGCCAGCCAAGCGCAAAGCCCCAUCCGGCUCCAGCGCGGGCGCUUCCAAGCCCGCGCCCAAGAAGCGACAGUCCAAGCUGGCCAAGGAGAACAACAUCACGGCUGAAGAGGAGGCGGAGAUCAAGGAGGCAUUCAGCCUGUUCUCGGAGCCCAUGGAGGGCGAGAAGGAGGGCGUCAUCCCCAUAGACGAUGUGCGGCGCGCCAUGAUAGCGCUCGACAUCCCACCCAAAGACGCAGCCGAGCAGGCCGAGUUCGUGUCGAUCCUGGACCCGGACGACGAGGGUUUCGCGCAGUACCCAUCGUUUGUGGCCAUAUGCGCGCUCAAGAUGCACGCGCGGCACCGAACGUCGGACGCGCACGUGCAGCAGGUCGACGACGCAUUUGCGCUCUUCACGACGAGGCGGAACGACAACGACGACAGCAACCUCAGCCUCCUCGGCAACGGCGAGUCGGUCAUCACCAUGGCGCACCUCCGGCGCGUCGCGUCCAUGCUCAACGAUAACGACGUUGACGACGACCUGCUCAGGGACAUGAUACUCGAGGCCAACGGAGGCGCCGGCGUCGGUAGGGGCGUCAACAGGCAGGAGUUUGAGGCCGUCAUGCGUCGGGCUGGCGUGUGGAGGUGAGCUAAGAGGGUCGGAGGUUUGGAGACGAGGAAAGAUGAACACGGACCGAAGCCAUCAUGCGAAGAAUGAACUGCGAGAAGAGCAGUCGGUUAGGGUUUGCCUUGCUAGGGACCGCAACGCCGAACUGUCAGAGCACGAAGUUAUUGGCUUGUAUGUGAAGCAUGCUUGGCCGUCCUUAUCAAGCAGCACAUAUAUACCAAUGGAGGCUGCUCUUGUCUAUCCACCAUAAUUCGGCUGCGGCGGUCUGUUGGGUUCAGGGAGACCAACAUAUCACUGGACUGCGCCCAGCAUGUCUUUGGUCUCUCUAGGUCACUUGGCAUGGACAUCGGAAAGGCAAACUCUCGUUGGGCGAGGGAGUCGAAUUUCACCACCGAGCCUAUGGCGCGCGAGAUUCCUGAGGUCCUACAAAUGCUCACUAUCAGGGCAGGGCGUAUGAAAUACGUGACCAAGGCAGGGUGAAAGGGUUAUUAAAUACACCCAGAGAUAACCGGACGAUGAGACGAACACAAACAGGUUUGAUGGUGUCAUUUUACACAGUAAACAAACACCUCGUCAAAUACUAAACCUAUGAUUCUGCAUUUGUUCACAGUACCUG